AGAGGCGAGGAGCUGUCCGCCUUGCACGUUUCCAAUCGCAUUACGUGAACAAAUAGCGGAGGGGCUGCCGGGCCAGAACUGCUUGUGUAACUUUGCAAACGUGCCAGAAAGUUUAAAAUCUCUCCUCCUUCCUUCGCUCCAGACGCUGCCCGCUCGCCGGGGCCACCGCGCCGCUCCCCGUCGCCUUCCAGAAGGACUGGGAAAGAGGAGACAGGCGGGUGCCACGUCCCAGCAGCUGCCUUGACUGGACGAGGGUCUGCAGCCCACCCUCGGUGUUGCUUGUAGGGACUGAGAUACCCGCGCUCCGCCCGCCUCCCCGCUUGAAGAUUUCUCCCUCCCUCACGUGAUUUGGGCCCCGUUUUCCUUUUCUCCGACCAACGACCUCCCGGAGUGGGGACAAUCAGGCAAAAGGCAGCGAUGCGCUUCGCUUGGACCGCGCUCCUGCUCGGGCCCCUGCAGCUCUGCGCGCUCCUGCGCUGCGCCCCACCGGCCGCUGGCCAGCAGCAGCCCCCUCGCCAGCAGCCGGCGGCUCCGGCCGCCUGGCGCCAGAGGAUCCAAUGGGAGAACAACGGGCAGGUGUUCAGCCUGCUGAGCCUGGGCUCGCAGUACCAGCCGCAGCGCCGACGGGACCCGGGCACCACCGCCCCGGGCGCGGCCAACGCCGCAGCCCCGCAGCCGCGCAUGCCCAUCCUGCUGCUCCGCAACCGCACGGCGGCAGCACGCGAGCAAGCUGCAGGCUCGUCGGGGGUCGCCGGCCGACCCAGACCCGCCGCCCGCCAUUGGUUCCAAGCUGGCUACUCGCCGUCCGGGGCCCGCGAUGCUGGGGACUCGAGAGACGGCAACCGGACGGCGCUGGGAGAGCGCCCGGCGCUCAGUAACCUGCAGCCACCCAGCCGCGUAGACGGCAUGGUGGGCGACGACCCGUACAACCCCUACAAGUACUCCGACGACAACCCCUAUUACAACUACUAUGACACGUACGAAAGGCCCCGGCCUGGGAGCAGGUACCGGCCCGGAUACGGCACCGGCUACUUCCAGUACGGUCUCCCGGACCUGGUGCCAGACCCGUACUACAUCCAGGCGUCCACGUACGUGCAGAAGAUGUCCAUGUACAACCUGAGAUGCGCUGCAGAGGAAAACUGCUUGGCCAGCUCAGCAUACAGAGCAGAUGUUAGAGAUUAUGAUCACAGGGUGCUGCUAAGAUUCCCCCAAAGAGUGAAAAACCAAGGGACAUCAGAUUUCUUACCAAGCCGACCGAGAUAUUCCUGGGAAUGGCACAGUUGUCACCAACAUUAUCACAGCAUGGAUGAAUUCAGCCACUAUGACCUCCUUGAUGCCAGCACCCAGAGGAGAGUGGCUGAAGGCCACAAAGCAAGUUUCUGUCUUGAGGACACAUCCUGUGACUAUGGCUACCACAGGCGAUUUGCAUGUACUGCUCAUACACAGGGGUUGAGUCCUGGCUGCUAUGAUACCUAUAAUGCAGACAUAGACUGCCAGUGGAUUGAUAUUACGGAUGUAAAACCUGGAAACUACAUUUUAAAGGUCAGUGUGAACCCCAGCUACCUGGUGCCUGAAUCGGACUAUUCUAACAAUGUCGUGCGCUGUGAAAUCCGCUACACGGGACACCAUGCGUAUGCCUCGGGCUGCACAAUUUCACCGUAUUAGAAAGCAAGCCAAAACUCCCAAUGGAUCAAUCAGUGCCUCGUGUUCUGAAGUGGGAAAAAAAUAGAUUAACUUCAGUAGGAUUUAUAUAUUUUGAAAGAACAGAAAACAACAAAGGAAUUUUUGUUUGGACUGUUUUAUAACAAAGCACAUAACUGGAUUUUGAACAUUUAAAUUGGCCUUACUUGGGAAAUUUUUAAUAUUAUUCAUAUUACUUUGUGAAUGAACAGUGUUUCCAUUCUGUAGAUGCACACUUUGGCUCUUUGACGGAUAUCCAAAUUUCUUAUGCUCCUUUGGAAAUUAUGGUGUAAAGGGGAAAAUAACAUUUUAGCGAAUGAGCCAAAAUUACCAUUAACUGAAAAUUUUCUUAACUUCAGUGAACCAUAACAAUAACUGCUUGUAUUUGUCUUCGCAUAGAUUAAUUUAGAAAGGAGGCUCCUACUGUUCAAGUAGAUACAGACACAUCUGGUGCUGAGGAAGGAACAAACAUUACCAUUGGUGUCAAGAAAUAUUACUAUAUAGCAGAGAAAUCGCAAUAUAUGUACUCAGAUAGUUACAUCCCUAUAUAAAUUUUUAUGUUUACAUUUUAAAGUUAGUAAACUCCUGUCUUUCUGUUUAAUGUACAAUUUCAGUCUGACUUAAGUCAGCUUUUGUUUCGGAACAAAUUAAGAAACUGAGCUGCCCAACUCCCGUCUGACAUUCGUUGAUGCUCUCUCAAUUCUUUAAUUUUCCUAUGGGCAGAGACCUUGUAAGUGGCAUUCUUAAAAUCACCAUUCUGGGGACUGGUGUACGGAGGACAGUUUUGUCUACGGGAAGUCAUUCUGAUGAUAGAUGCAAUAUAUUUAGAGAAACCAUAUAUGCGCUUAAGUAAGUACUGAAAAAUUUUCCUGGUUGACAUAAAAAUCAUACAAACAAGUCCCCCAAACCACAGCUGUCUCUCAAAUACUUUAAAACAUUAAUGAAAAAUACCUUGGGAUUUUCAACUUGUCUACAUUUUUUUUUAAUGUUCCUCUUUUUAAAUGAAGAAUGCUAAAAAUAUUUGAAUAAUCCAGAAUAUAUAACAUAAUAUCUGGAUAUAGGAACAUUAUCAGGUCAUCCAGGACUCAGUAAUAUAUAUGUAUUUUUUCUGUGUUGUCUGAAGUAUAAACCAAAAACCAUGUAACAUUACAUAGUUGAGGUGUUGGUGAAUAAGGGGGAAAAAAUAACUUUCUGUAAAACAAACAACUAUGCUGCAUAAUGAGACAGCUGUGAUUUUAUUUUAAAACUGUGAAACCACGUGCCACAACAAAAUUUGGAAAAUUGCCUUUUUUAUUUUCCCCUAGUUCCAAAAGGUGCAGAGAGAAAUCAAAUGACACUUUUAAGUUAGUGGUGCUUAGGCAGAAGUCUUACUACAUUACCCAGUAUAAAAAUCUCAAGUGAGAGAUUUCUAGUUUGGUAGAAUUUAAAAUUGAGUUGGUAAGCUGGUAUCAUACAUCACAGAGUUGUGAAGUCCACACCAACUACGAGGAGUCGUUUCGCACUAGUGCCUAGUGCAGCAAGGGGGGCUAGAGACGGACAGUCAUCCGGGGUGGAAGUCAACCUCAUCUGCUGGGGCACAUACUGACCAAUGGAGAAUGCAACUUGAUAGAGACCCAGAACUUCCACUGAGCUAGUAUCUGAGCUAUGGAGUAACUUCUUUGAUGUACCUCUUUGCCUUAAGUUGCUUAUUUAGUUUUAAGACUGUAGAAUGAUCCUUUCAAGUCAUAUUCUUUCCUCAUAGAGAUAUUUUAAUAUACUUCCUUAAAAACAAAAACAAAAACAAAAACAAAACUACUGUCAGUAUUAAUACUGAGCCAGACUGGUAUCUACAUAUUAAGGCCUAUCAUUUCAUUGAGAUUCUUACCCUUGUAAAAACGCUAUUACGGCCUUGGGACACAUCUGAGAAGACAUUUGCUAUCAUUCACUGAGCCUUCCAUCUGUCUGUCCACCCAUCAACAUUUGAGGGUCUGAUACAUGUCAGGCACUUAUAUGGUAGGUCUUGGGAUAUUUAAAAAAAGCAAAAACAACAACAACAACAAAACACACAAAAAAACACCCCAUCUCCUAACCUCAGUAAGUAUAAAAAAAUGUCAUUCUUACCCUUUAGAUUCACCUUAUGUCAUUUUUAACAGUUAUAAGUACAUGUCUAAAAAUUUUCUAUUUUUAGCACUAUUGUUUUUCAUGACCAUAUUUUAUUUUAAAAAAUAAGUUAAAAUAAAUAGUUAUAUGCAUGUAUGUGUUACUAAUAAUUAAAACUAUGUUUUCAAUCCUUGAAAUGUCUGCCUCUUAAAUAUAACACCUACUAUUGGGUUGAUUUUGAAAAAAAAAUUCAAUUAGGAGGCUAAAGAUUCUUUCUUAUUCCUUAUGUAAAUAUUCCUUCCUUCCACUACCCCUAAACAAUCCCAAACAACUCACAGGUAUUGAUUUAACACUUGAUAUUUUUGAACCUCAAGGGAUCUCUCCUCUGAAUAACCAUAAAAACUCGCAUAUAAUGAUUAACUGGUAAAAGUCAUCCAUUAAUAAAAUUUAAAUAAAAACCCUAAUCCAGUCUUACCAAAUUCCACAUAAGAUAUUUUUAUAAUAGGAAGUAGAAGUAAACCUAAGAAUGUUGAGUACUGAAAAGGGACUGGCUUUUAGACUAACAAAGACUCUGAAAAAAAUGGGAUAAAUAGGAAAGUAAUUUAUUGACUCCUUCCAUAUGCCAUUUUAGCAGUUUCAUAACUAUUCAGACUGUAGUCUGGAUUAAAGAUGUCUCUGAGGCUAGGAUUCAGUCUCCCAAUAGUACUAUAAUGUGCGAAUCCACAACUAUCCACAAGAAUUCAUUGCCCAUUUCCAGGAAAUCUUUAUUUUUUUACAUAGUAAUUUUUUUCACAAUCUCUAUCAUCUAAUUAUUCACUAAGUA